GGGGCUCCGGGGGCGCCGGGCGGCCGCCGCGCGGGGACUACUUUCGGAGCCGCGGAGGGACUACUUGGCGGAGGCGGCGGCGUGGCGGCGCGCACGGCAUGGCGGCGGCGGCGGCGCGCCACGGGUAGAGGGACGCCGGCCCGCUCAGGCCCCGGCGCGGCCUACACGCUCCGCUCGCCCGCUCCCGCCCGCGCCCCCCGCGCCCCCGCGCCCCGCCAUGGCGGAGCCCCCGCCCGCCCGACGCCCGGUGCCCCUCAUCGAGUCGGAGCUCUACUUCCUCAUCGCCCGGUACCUCUCGGCCGGCCCGUGUCGCAGAGCCGCCCAGGUGCUGGUGCAGGAGCUGGAGCAGUACCAGUUGCUGCCGAAGAGGUUGGACUGGGAGGGCAACGAGCACAACAGGAGCUACGAGGAAUUGGUCUUGUCCAAUAAACAUGUGGCUCCUGAUCAUCUGUUGCAAAUCUGCCAACGCAUUGGUCCCAUGUUGGAUAAAGAAAUUCCACCCAGUAUUUCAAGAGUCACUUCUUUACUUGGUGCAGGAAGGCAGUCUUUGCUACGUACAGCAAAAGACUGCAGGCACACAGUUUGGAAGGGCUCUGCCUUUGCUGCUCUUCACAGAGGAAGACCUCCAGAAAUGCCGGUGAAUUACGGUUCCCCACCCAGUCUUGUGGAGAUACAUCGAGGAAAACAACUCACAGGGUGUUCCACUUUUAGCACAGCAUUUCCAGGAACUAUGUAUCAGCAUAUAAAAAUGCACAGAAGGAUUCUCGGACAUCUAUCUGCUGUUUACUGUGUAGCAUUUGAUAGGACAGGACAUAGAAUCUUUACCGGUUCAGAUGAUUGUUUGGUGAAGAUUUGGUCAACACACAAUGGCCGCCUAUUAUCCACACUAAGAGGUCAUUCUGCAGAAAUUUCAGAUAUGGCAGUAAACUAUGAGAAUACAAUGAUUGCUGCAGGGAGCUGUGAUAAGAUAAUUAGAGUGUGGUGCUUGAGAACUUGUGCCCCAGUUGCUGUGCUCCAAGGACACACGGGGUCAAUCACAUCUUUACAGUUUAGCCCAAUGGCCAAAGGCUCCCAAAGAUACAUGGUCUCUACUGGUGCUGAUGGGACAGUUUGUUUCUGGCAGUGGGAUUUAGAAUCCCUGAAAUUCAGCCCACGUCCCCUGAAGUUCACUGAAAAGCCUAGACCAGGUGUUCAGAUGCUUUGUUCUUCUUUUAGUGUUGGUGGUAUGUUUUUAGCCACAGGUAGUACUGAUCAUGUUAUCAGAAUGUAUUUUUUGGGUUUUGAAGCACCUGAAAAAAUUGCAGAACUUGAAAGCCACACUGAUAAAGUUGAUAGUAUCCAAUUUUGUAACAAUGGUGAUCGGUUCUUAAGUGGUAGCAGAGAUGGAACAGCAAGAAUUUGGAGAUUUGAGCAGUUGGAAUGGAGAAGCAUUUUAUUGGAUAUGGCAACCAGAGUCUCAGGGGACUUAUCUUUGGAAGAGGAAAGGUUUAUGAAACCCAAAGUCACAAUGAUUGCUUGGAAUCAGAAUGAUAGCAUUGUUGUCACAGCUGUGAAUGAUCAUGUCCUUAAAGUGUGGAAUUCUUACACAGGACAACUGCUUCAUAACUUAUUGGGACAUGCUGAUGAAGUAUUUGUUUUGGAGACACAUCCCUUUGAUUCCAGAAUUAUGUUAUCUGCAGGACAUGAUGGCAGCAUAUUUAUAUGGGAUAUUACAAAAGGCACCAAGGUGAAACAUUAUUUUAAUAUGAUUGAAGGGCAAGGACAUGGAGCUGUCUUUGACUGUAAGUUUUCACAGGAUGGACAGCAUUUUGCCUGUACAGAUUCUCAUGGACACCUUCUGAUAUUUGGUUUUGGAUGCAGCAAGCCAUAUGAAAAGAUUCCUGAUCAGAUGUUCUUCCAUACUGACUAUCGACCACUGAUUAGAGAUUCUAAUAAUUAUGUCUUAGAUGAGCAAACUCAGCAGGCUCCUCACCUUAUGCCUCCACCAUUCUUGGUAGAUGUAGAUGGAAAUCCUCAUCCAACUAAGUAUCAGAGAUUAGUACCAGGCCGAGAAAAUUCUGCAGAUGAACAUUUGGUUCCACAGCUAGGCUAUGUGGCAACAAGUGACGGAGAGGUGAUUGAACAGAUUAUAAGCCUACAAACCAAUGAUAAUGGUGAACGAAGCCCAGAGUCCAGUGUUCUUGAUGGAAUGAUAAGACAGUUGCAGCAGCAGCAGGAUCAGAGAAUGGGGGCAGAUCAGGAUACUCUUCCCAGUGGACUUCCAAGUGGAGAAGAAACACCUCGAAGAGGUUUUAGAAGGCUGAGCUUAGACAUCCAGUCCCCUCCAAACAUUGGUCUGCGUCGCAGUGGACAAGUUGAAGGUGUUCGUCAGAUGCAUCAAAAUGCUCCACGUAGUCAGAUUGCUACAGAACGUGACCUGCAGGCUUGGAAACGAAGAGUGGUUGUACCAGAGGUACCACUAGGCAUAUUUAGGAAGUUGGAAGACUUCAGAAUAGAGAAAGGUGAAGAGGAAAGAAAUCUUUAUAUAAUAGGAAGAAAAAGGAAGACUCUCCAGUUCACACAAAAGUCUGAUUCAGUGGUUUUGCUGUCACAGUCUAGGCAGAGGUCAUGCAGGCGCAAAUACCCAAAUUAUGGUAGAAGAAAUCUUGGCCGGCUUGAGUUAUCUUCUGGAAAUGAAUCUUCAAGCUCUAUAAGACACACUUCCUGUGAUCAGAGUGAAGGCUCUUGUUCCUCUGAAGAAGAAGAGUGGAGGAGUGAUAGAAGAAGUGAGAGUGACAGCGAGAGUUCAAGUGACUCAUCAUCUAGAUACUCUGAUUGGACUGCUGAUGCAGGCAUCAAUCUGCAGCCACCUUUACGGACAUCUUCGCGUCGGCGAGUUACUCGCUUUUGCAGUAGUUCAGAGGAUGAAAUGUCUACUGAGAAUUUAUCUCCUCCAAAAAGGAGACGAAAGAGAAAAAAAGAAAAUAAGCCUAAAAAAGAGAACUUGCGGAGGAUGACUCCAGUGGAGCUUGCAAAUAUGGAACAUUUAUAUGAAUUUCAUCCUCCAGUUUGGAUAACUGACACCACCCUUCGGAAGUCUCCUUUUGUUCCUCAAAUGGGUGAUGAGGUAAUAUAUUUUCGACAGGGUCAUGAAGCUUAUAUUGAGGCUGUGAGAAGAAAUAACAUUUAUGAACUGAACCCUAACAAAGAGCCAUGGAGAAAAAUGGACCUUAGGGAUCAAGAAUUGGUCAAAAUAGUUGGAAUACGAUAUGAGGUUGGGCCCCCUACACUCUGUUGCCUCAAACUAGCAUUUAUAGAUCCUGCGACUGGAAGACUAAUGGACAAAUCGUUCUCUAUUAGAUAUCAUGAUAUGCCAGAUGUUAUUGACUUUCUUGUAUUGCGUCAAUUUUAUGAUGAAGCAAGACAGAGGAAUUGGCAGUCUUGUGACAGGUUUCGUUCUAUCAUUGAUGAUGCCUGGUGGUUUGGGACGGUGCUGAGUCAAGAGCCAUAUCAGCCACAGUACCCGGAUAGUCAUUUCCAGUGCUACAUCGUUAGGUGGGACAAUACUGAAAUUGAAAAACUUAGCCCAUGGGACAUGGAACCUAUUCCUGAUAAUGUUGAUCCACCUGAAGAAUUAGGAGCUAGUAUUUCUGUCACUUCAGAUGAGCUAGAGAAAUUGCUCUACAAACCACAAGAUGGUGAAUGGGGUCAGAAAUCGAGAGAUGAAGAGUGUGAACGAAUUAUUAGUGGCAUAGAUCAACUUUUGAAUCUUGACAUAGCAGCAGCUUUUGCAGGUCCAGUUGAUCUGUGUACAUAUCCGAAGUACUGUACUGUAGUAGCUUAUCCAACUGAUCUUUACACAAUCCGAAUGAGACUCGUUAAUCGAUUUUACAGGAGGCUAUCUGCAUUAGUUUGGGAAGUCAGAUAUAUAGAACAUAAUGCCAGGACAUUUAAUGAACCUGAGAGUGUAAUUGCAAGAUCAGCUAAGAAGAUAACUGACCAACUUUUAAAAUUUAUAAAGAAUCAAGACUGUACAAAUAUCUCAGAACUUUCCAACACUUCUGAAAAUGAUGAGCAAAAUGCCGAGGAUUUGGAUGAUAGUGAUCUUCCUAAAACAUCUUCGGGAAGAAGGAGAGUCCGCGAUUGGAAAAAAAGGAGCAUCAAAGCAACCAACUAUGUUGAAAGUAACUGGAAGAAACAGUGUAAGGAACUAGUGAACUUAAUUUUUCAGUGUGAAGAUUCUGAACCAUUUAGACAACCUGUUGAUUUGGUUGAAUAUCCAGACUACCGAGAUAUUAUAGAUACUCCAAUGGAUUUUGGAACAGUAAGGGAAACUUUAGAAGCAGGAAAUUAUGACAGCCCUUUGGAAUUUUGCAAAGACAUCCGGUUGAUAUUUAGCAAUGCAAAAGCAUAUACACCAAACAAAAGAUCAAAGAUUUACAGUAUGACCUUGAGAUUGUCUGCCUUAUUUGAAGAAAAAAUGAAGAAAAUCUCCUCUGAUUUUAAAAUUGGCCAAAAAUUCAAUGAGAAACUCCGAAGAAGCCAGAGGUUCAAGAGACGACAGAAUUGUAACCGUGUCAAUCAGGCUAACAAAAGUAUCAGAAAUAUCAAGCAGAAGCGGUUAAAAUCUCAGACAAAAGUAAUUCCUGAAUUGGUAGGUUCUCCUACUCAGUCUACCUCCAGUAGGGCUGCUUAUUCUGCAAGCCACAAGACCAGUGCUAGUGUCUCUUCAGGUAUGACGUCUGGGGACUCCUCAGAUUCAGCAGGAUCAGGAUCAUCAGAAAGAAUGAGAAGUAGGCCUGUCACUCUAAACAAUGGCUCUACAUUAUCUGAAAGUGAAAUGGAAGAUUCCUUAGGUACCUCUUCAUCAUCAGCUUCAAAUAGUUCAGAGGAAAGCAAAGAGAGUUCAAGACCUCGUGAAUCUUCUUUACGUAGUGGGCUGGCCAGAAGCAGUAAUCUCAGGGUGACCAGAACCAGAGCUGCUCAAAGAAAAACUGGUCCAGUUUCUUUAGAGAAUGGUUGUGGCAAAAAAGCCACUCGAAAGAGAGUCUAUUUAAGUGACUCGGAUAACAAUUCAUUGGAGACUGGUGAAAGUCUGAAAGCCAGGGCUGGAAAUAACCGGAAAGUGCUCCGGAAGUGUGCUGCUGUGGCUGCCAAUAAGAUAAAACUAAUGAGUGACGUGGAAGAGAACUCCAGCUCUGAAAGUGUCUGUUCUGGACGUAAGCUGCCUCACCGUAAUGCUUCUGCUGUGGCUAGAAAAAAGUUAUUACACAAUUCUGAAGAUGAUCAGAGCUUAAAGUCAGAGAUUGAAGAAGAGGAUCUGAAAGAUGGAAAUCAGCCAUCACCACUGGCCAGUUCUCAUGCUGCCCAGAAUACUGUGAAUGAGUCUGAAAAUGGGGAUUCAGAGUCAGAAAGUGAUUUGCGAGUAGCCCGCAAAAAUUGGCAUGCCAAUGGUUAUAAGUCACAUACUCCAGCAACUUCUAAAACAAAAUUUCUUAAAAUAGAGUCCUCUGAGGAAGAUUCUAAAAGUCAUGAUUCAGAUAAUGUACAUAACAGAACUGCUGGUCCAUCCACAUCUGGGCAGAAACUUAAGGCUGAGAGUGCCUCAGAGGAAGAAGAGGAAGCAGAUUCUGAACCAAGAAAGUAUGCCGGUAGGAAAUACAACACAGGCCGCAAGAAUCUUGCUUUCCUUAAAAAAGCAAAGAUCUUCAGUGACUCGGAGGACUCCGAAUCUGAAGAGCAAGAUAGAGAAGAUGGCAGCUGUCACAGAAUGGAAGCGAACCUGAUUAGAGGGGGUUCGAAGUGUGAACCCACUGCUGGGUCCCAUUGCUUCUCAGAUCACGUAUCUGAGACUGAUUUGGAUUCAGAUGACAAAAUAAAAGAAAAACCAAACAACUUUAUGAAAGAUUCUGCAUCACAGGACCAUGGUCAGAGCAGAAAAGUUUCCAGGAAAAGGGUCUGUUCCAGUGACUCAGACAGCAACUCAAAGGUGGUUAAGAAGUCAUCAAAAGCCAGAAUGGGUCUCCUCAGGACUCCUCGAAGAUGUGCAACUACUGCUGCCAGUAAGAUUAAGCUCAUGAGUGACGUGGAAGAUCGCUGCUUAGAAAGCAUGUGUACUAGAAGCAAAAAUGGAAGGAAAAAGCCCCUCCAUUCUGCAGGUGCCACAGCGAAGAAGAUGGUGAGUGAUUCUGAGGGAGACGUAAACUGUGAAGUGCCAAAUGAGAAGUGUGCCUGCGAAGGGAGGCCACCUGAAGCAGACUCGGAAGGCAGUACGAAGAGUAUUCGUCCGUCUGUAAAUGGAGACUCGGACUCCGAAGGUCUGCUGAGCCCCGACCAUAAGAAGAGGCACAGCAAGAGUCUCAGAACAAAUGUUGGACCUUCUGACACAAAGAAUUCCUCGAUUGGGUCUUCAGAGGAAGAGUCAAAAAGCCAUAUUCCAGGGGGUGAGAUGGAUAGAAAAUGUCCUUCAGAAUCUGCUUUGGUGCAGAAAGCUACUGCAGAGAAUACAUUCGAGGAGGACCUGAAUUACGGGCUGCGCAGGUGGAACGGCAGGAGGCUUAGGACCUACGGGAAGGCCCCGUUCAGCAAGACCAAAGUGCUGCGGGCGUCGCAGGCCGCCGGGGCAGAGGUGAGGAGGAAGCGGCUGCAUCCUGAGCCCGAGGAGGGCGUGCGGGCUGAAACAGCAGGUGCUUCCCAGCUUGGGCCUGACCCUGGCCCCAAAUCCGACUCUGAGUUGGUGUCUGUGACUGAAUCAGACGUGGACUGUGCCAAGGAUGCGAAAACCAAAAAGAGGAAAACGAGAGGAAAAGCAAAAGCGGUGAGAAAAGGUAAAGCUUGUACAGCCGCAGCAUCUAGACGUGCGAGGCGACAGAGACAGAGCAAACGGCCUAGGCUAAGUGUGGACGAUAACGACUGGGAGGACUUGGACUAUGCAAAAUCAAAAAGAGGUCUUCGACGUUCGAAAAUAAAAACGAGAAAUCAGGGCAGAAGGACCGUGAGAUACCAUGAUGGGGAUGACGACAGAAGCUUAGAAAAUGUGUUAGAUUUUGAUGAUUGCACCUUAUGACCUUGAGAGAAAACCAGUUCAUUGAAAGAGGAAAUGGACUGGAAUUUAUGGUGAAAGUGGGCUGUUGAAAUUAUUUUUUGUCCUACAAUUCAGGGAAUAUAUUUAUAUUUUUCUAUGAAAAGUUAUGAAUGUGACUAAAUCAUGACUGUUAUUUUUAUUUGCACUUGCUUGCCUUUGUAGCAGCGCUCAGCACAGGUGCCAAAAUAUGCUUCAUUUUGGGGGCAGAUCUACUUUGACAGUAUUUAACUACAGAUAGCAAGAAUUUGAAAUCUGUUCAACACUAGACAUCCUGGUUAUCAAAACCGAUAAGCAUUACUUUCAUGGUAGCAAGUGUCACGCAGUUACUUUCUGAAUGCUUCAAGAGGUGGUAGUUUCUAACCCCUGUCCUGUUGUAGUAAAACAUUUUCACGUGACCUAUGUUUACAGAUUCUUCAUGAAUAUUAUGUGCAUACUGACAUUACAAUCAUGGGAGGUGUAACCAUGAUUAGUAGGCGAGGUACCUACCACUUUUUUUUUUUUUCUUUUUUUCUUUCCCUGGCUACUUGAGCAGAAUGCAUUAUACCAGAUUUGGUCAUUUUCAUUGAAAUGGUUUCUUUCCAAAUGCUGUUGGGUCUUUUCUCUCUUUUUCUUUAUUUUUAAGGAAAAUAUCAUCACUUUUAUUUUAUAAACUUGAAUUUAUAAAGUGCUGGUAAAUUAUUUUUUAAAAUGUUUUGAUUGUAUAUUUUAAACCUGUAAGGCCCCGACCAUGGUCCUAGCAUUUUCUUUUAAAUUGUGCACUAACAGAAUACUAUAUAAUUUGUCUUUCCAAGAUCUCCUGGUUUCUGUGUAAGGGAUUUAACCAAAAUCUUGGUCUUCCAUAGUCUUACUCUGUGAAAUAGAGGAGUUUGUGUGCCUUAGAUUUAGGAAAAGUGUGUUCUUUAAUAGAGUGUGCAGGGCCAAGAGAGUAUUUAAAUUAUAUGUAGUUUCCCCCCAUUUCCAUUGAGAUUAGAGUUGAGUUCUGUUAAGAGUGCAAUCGCAAAUCUCCUCUAUAUAGGAAAAUAGUUCAAUGUCAUUCUCCAUCUCUUUGUUUUAGCUUACUGCUGCCAUGUGCAAUCCCAGGCAUUCUUUGCGGGGGCAACUAAGUGUAUCUUUACUAGUGACCUCUAGUUUAAAUCUUAAGAAACUGUCGUGUUGUGGGAAAAUAAUUUUGGAAUCCAUUUAAAAUGAAACUUCUAUCACAUCAAAUACAUCAAAUAAGUACACUUAUUUUCGAGCCAAAUAUUUUUGCGUGAUAGGUUGUGCUAUGUGCUACUCCAUACAGUGUAGGUGGCCAUUCCUAGCUUGUUUGUGCCUGAAGAUGGACUUGAUUCAAAUGGUUUACAUAUUUUGUAGCUGAGGAGUAUGUUACAGUACUCCCACCUUUGUUAUUUAUUGGCCCUGUGUUUGGUUUCAGACAAAAUUAACCCUUUUCUCCUGUGUAUCCUGAAGGUGUCAGGUAUGGAAAAGCAUCAGACUCUGGUGUCAGUGUUAGAGAAUGUUCUCAAGUGUUGUUACUUUGCAGUUAUCUAUUCCAUUCGACAUGGCAGGAGGUACUUCUGUACUUUAAUGUAAGGGGAAGGCUGUUUUUGGACAUAACCAACUGAGAUAGAUGGGAGAGACCUACCCUUCCCUUGGUUGUUUAAAGAGCUAUCACCACUUCAAAACUAUGAUGCUCUUCUUAUAAAGCUCGUGUUAAGUGUAUAGUAAAGAGAGUGAUUCAGGAGAAUUGUCCUUGACUAUUGACCUGAAAACAUUAAUGGAAUGUUCUUUACUUCCCUAGUUUUAAGCAAUGGUGAUAGAUAGCCUAUCCAUUAAUUUAUUUAAACUAUUCUAAAGCUUCUCUGUUUUAUAUCUAUUCUCAGGGUUAUAACUCCAUGUUUACCAUCAUCUGCAAAAAGGUACCAAAAAAAUCCAUAAAUAAAACUUAGAAUAUGUUAAUAAAUACAUAAAUUCUUUAGGUAAAAUGAGACUUUGAUCAUUUAGGCUACAUCAGUAGAACUAUUCUUAUCUUUUGGACUGAAUUAACUGGUCAUAGAUUGGCCAGUCAGCCAAUUAUUAAUUUUUCUUUUUGUCCAAAAUGGUUAGACCGUUGUGUACAGAAGGCUGUAUUUUGGGUUUCAUCUGGGUAAAAAAAACAAGAAUUUGGCCUCGUGAGUUUGAAGGCAUGGUUGGCAAUGGUAGCUUCUCAUGUUCUGAAGUAAAACUAAGGGAUUAUAGUGAGAAUCAUUUUUAUGGGUUUUUUUGGUCAUGGUGCUAUUCCUAAGGUUAACUUUGAAUAUGUGACACACACUCCUAAGUACUUUAAGGAAAAUUAAUAAAUAAUUAAUAGUUCAAAAAUGUUUACAUUGAGCACUAGAACAUGUUUGACUUUUUUUCUACUUCUCUUUAUGCGAAAUGCGCAGGGAUUUAAUGCACGGAUGUACUUUAAUGUGUUUGGGAUCAGUUUGUAUUUUCUUGUGAAAAGAGACAAAAGCUUGCAGAUUGAAUGUGAACUGAUCUGGAAGUAAGUGCUAUAGCUUUUCAUUGCACUUGAAGUCACUUAAUGGUAUAUAUGAACAACAAGAAAAAACUGCUGUGGUUGUGUAUGUCCAAAGUCCUAUGAUUUUAUUCAUUUAUGGUUGAAAAAAAGGGCUGAGGUGUUUAGAUUUGAGUUUUGAUUCCUUUGAAAGACUAUUAAGAAAAAAAGGUGUCAAACAUUUAAAAAAUAGGUGAGGUUUAAAAGAGCUUUUUUUUCUUUUUUUUCAUAUCAGAGUUAACUUUGAAAGGGCAUACCCGCAAUGUAUAGUAACUUCUGAAUAAAAGUGAAGGUAUACCAUUUUCA